UUCGUGCAACCUCGCGCCUCUGUCUUCCUGUUUUGGGUGCCGCAGCUGUAAAGAUGGCAGCUGACACAGGGAGAUACAGGAGUGCAGUUAGCAAAAACAAAGACCCCUCCGGUCUCCUCAUCUCUGUCAUAAGGACUCUGUCCAGCAGCGAUGAUGUGCAGGACAGGGAGACAGAGAAGGGUCGCCUGGAGGAGGCCUUCGAGACGUGCGACGGGGAUUUAGAUGGGCUGAUAGUUCAGCAUUAUGCCGAACUUACCACUGCCAUCAGGACCUACCAGAGCAUCACCGAGCGCAUCACCAGCUCCCGCAACAAAAUCAAGCAGGUAAAGGAAAACCUCCUGUCUUGUAAGAUGCUGCUCCACUGCAAGAGAGAUGAGCUGAGGAAGCUUUGGAUAGAGGGCAUCGAGCACAAACAUGUCCUUCAGCUGCUGGAUGAAAUCGAAAGCAUCAAGCAGGUUCCUCAGCGCCUGGAGACCUAUAUGGCAAGCAAGCACUACCUUCAUGCCACAGAUAUGCUGGUGUCGGCUGUGGAGUCUUUGGAAGGCCCUCUGCUACAGGUGGAGGGGCUUGGGGAUCUGCGCUUGGAACUCCACAGCAAGAAGCUCAACAUCCACCUUGUACUCAUUGAUGAGCUGCACCGACACCUCUACAUCAAGUCUACAAGUCGGCUGGGACAUAAGAAUAAGGACAAAAAUGCUGCUCGCCUUCUGGGUUCCACUGCCAAAGAUACAUCUCCAAUGCCUGGGUUGGAUGUCAGCAGCCUGUCCACCCCACGCAAACUCUUGGAUUCAUCACAGUUCAGCACACCUGGGUCCAGCAGUGUGCGUGAGCUACAGCAGGAUGUACGGGAGCUGAACCAAGCGGACCUCUCUGAGGUGGAUCCAGAGGAGAACAGUGCUGAGUUCAUGGGCAUCCUCAUCAAGGCUUUGGCCAAGUUGAAGAAAAUCCCCGAGACCAUCAAAGCCAUUAUGGAGCGACUGGAGCCCGAGCUGAAACAGAUCGUCAAGAGAUCCACAACUCAGAUAGCGGACCACGCUUACCAGAGAGGAGAAAACCUGGCCCAGGAGAGUCAGCCAAGGCUGCUGCUGGAGCUGCUGGAACUUUUGUUUGAUAAGUUCAAGGCAGUGGCCCAGGCUCACAAUGUGGUGUUGACCCACCUGCAGCAGAUCGCGGUGCAGUGCCCAGGCGGGGCCCAUGAAGAGGGCAUCAAACUGUAUGAGCAGGCCGACGUCUCUGCCAAGAUCCAGACAGUGCUGCAGGUUCUGCUUAUGGAGUAUCUGGAUGUGAAGAACAGCCGCAGUGCCACGGAGCCGUCGGCUCAGCUCUCCUAUGCCAGCACUGGCAGUGAGUUUGCUGCCUUUUUUGCAAAGAAGAAACCACAGCGUGCCAAGCAAUCUCUCUUCAAGUUUGAAUCUUCGUCCCAUGCCAUCAGCAUGAGUGCCUACUUGAGGGAGCAGAGGCGAGAACUCUACAGCAAGAGUGGGGAAUUACAAGGCGGUGCUGAUGACAACCUGAUUGAAGGAGGAGAAAUGAAGUUUGUGUGUAAGCCAGGAGCGAGGAACAUCACGGUGAUCUUCCAUCCUCUUCUCGGGUUCAUUAAUGAGAUAGAGAAGAACAUGGGGCAAGGCCAAGCCAAGCAGUGUCAGCUCCGAGCCUUCCUCACUUACUACAUCAAUGACCUCUUCCUCAACCAGGUGCGAACAGAGAUAAACAAGGAAAUUGAGGCAGUGAGCAAGGCAGCUGAUCCUUUGAAGAUCCUUGCCAGUGCUGAUACCAUGAAGGUCCUGGGCGUCCAGAGACCCCUGCUGCAGAGCACGGUGGUCGUGGAGAAGUCCAUCCAGGAUUUAAUGAGCCUAAUGCAAGACUUAAGUGCCUACUCCAACCAGUUCCUCGAGAUGGUCUGCGACAAGCUCAAGGAGUACAAGGAAAUAUGCAACACUGCCUACAGGGGUAUAGUCCAGUGUGAGGAGAAGCUCACCAUCAGUGCAUCCUGGUCUAAAGAUGAGGACAUCAGCCGCCUGCUCCAGUCACUCCCUAACUGGGCGAAUAUGGCCCAACCUAGACAGACCCGACAGAAGAGAGAGGAUGAAGAGGACUUUACUCGGGCAGCUUUUGCUAAAGAGUCUGAGGUGCUGACUGGGAACCUGGGAGACAAAUUGAUCCCCCAGAAUGAGAUCCUGCGUGACGUCAGUGACCUGAAGGCUCUGGCCAACCUUCAUGAGAGCAUGGAGUGGCUUGCCAGUCGCCUCAAGACGUUCUUCACCAACCUGCCCCAUUCCUCCAGUGCGUCUCCAUACUCAUCAGACAGCCAGGUGAGUGGUGAGAGCGAAAGGAGCAGGGAGCAGAUCCUCCAGACCCUAAGUGACCUGUCUAGGGGCUUCCAGGACAUUGCUGACCGCUGUCUCCUGGUAUUGCACCUGGAGGUCAGGGUGCACUGUUUCCAUUACCUGAUCCCGCUGACUAAGCAAGGCAAUUAUGCUAUUGUGGCCAACGUGGAGAGCAUGGACUACGACCCACUGGUGGUCAAACUGAACAAGGACAUAUCAGCCAUAGAGGAGGCAAUGGGCGCUGCCCUGCAGCAGCAUAAGUUCCAAUACAUCUUUGAAGGCCUGGGUCAUCUGAUCUCUUGCAUUCUUAUCAAUGGGGCCCAGUACUUUAAGAGGAUCAGCGAGUCUGGUAUCAAGAAGAUGUGCAGGAACAUCUUUGUCCUCCAGCAGAACCUCACCAACAUCACCAUGUCCAGAGAGGCUGACCUCGACUUCGCCAGGCAGUACUACGAGAUGCUGUACAACACUGCAGACGAGCUACUGAACCUAGUGGUGGACCAGGGCGUUCGCUACACGGAGCUGGAGUACAUUAAUGCCCUGUCCUUACUCCAUCGCAGCCAGACAGGUGUAGGAGACCUGAGCACCCAAAACAUCCGACUGCAGAGGCUGAAGGAGAUCAUCUGUGAGCAGGCGGCCAUCAAACAGGCCACCAAAGACAAGAAGAUCACCACAGUGUAAUGUGUAAUGUUUCCCAAACACCAAUAUGUCCGACACAUUUUUGUUUCAAAUCCCUCAGAUCUGUCUAGCAGGAACAUGUGCAGGAAAUAAAUAGGUCAUCUGUUCCAUAGUAAACUUGCAGUACAAGAGAUAUUUAAGAACUGGGUUAGAAAACACUGAAAUAGAGACUCGCUCUAGACCUGAAUCAUAAUGUGUGUGAGAUCUGUUGAUGGAGAGUUUGUCUUCUCUAUUUCAUCUUGCCUGAUGUGAUGAAACUCAUUGUAGUCAAGGGGUUGACACAUAUACUUUCGUUCAAGUCUGGGCAUGUAGAUUAUACAUAUAUAUAUCUCAGUGUAUUCAACAUGAGUCUAAUUGGGAGGCAAGGUGACAACCAACCGACUUUGCUAGUCUAUAUCCUCAUGUAUCUAUGUUAUAAGGUAACUUAUAUUGUCAAUUUACAAGUUUUAAAAGAGACAACAAACGCAGCACAAGUGCUCCGACUGCAACAGUCACCUGCUCACUAUGACUCCAGCUCCAGAUAAAAGGCGAUUGUCUUGGACACUCACCCAAACUUAGGCCCUAUCUCAUCUCAUUUUCCUAUUAGAUCUAAACUGCUGCUCUCAAUUACACCUCUAUCUCUCCUCUCCUGGCAGCCUCAUGGGCCCACUGAUUCUGUCUGCAAUAACAGAUGCCAGAUUAGACUGUCUGAAUGAGGCCACAUCUUCCGCCUGCUGCCAAUUUGGGGUAGUCCCCAAAGAGUUCCCUAGCUGAGAAUUGUAUCAUAUCCGUGGCUGUUAAAAAUCUGUUUAUCUGUCGUUUUUUCUCAUAGUUUGUACCGUAAACUUGUGUGGCUAUUGGGAAAAGUUGUGAGUUGUUGGGGUUUUUUUUUUUACAAAUUGGACAAAAGAGACUUGGUAAUGAAGAUAUUUUUGCUGAAUUCAGUUUCAUCCUCCUGUUAACCAAGGUUUGUUUCGAACCUUAUAUUUCAAGUCCAGCACACCACAGUGGAAUGACUUGCACUUUUUGUGCUAAGUAGUAUGUUUGUGAAUACAUUUCAUCAGCCAUAGCUCUACAAACAGAAAUUAUGCAAUGUUGAGUCUUUACUUUGUCGUCCUCACUGCAUGUGCUCAAGUCUUUUAAAGUGAACUGAACAAAUAAACUCGAGAGACGAUCACAAAUCAUUCCCCUCCCUGCAACCCUCCGUGUUUUUAGUUCAUUAACUUGGGAGAGAAGUACUUAACAAGAGGAGGAGAGGGGAAUGGGGAGCCUUGUCAAUACAGCGGGCUCUGUGCUGGUCUCCCUGAAGCCCACAGAGCAAUCCAUCAUAAUGACACAUAGGCUGGGAUCGAUGGGAAAACAACCAUGGAGCUGCUGAGGGGUUCGCCUACCACUCUGAAACGUACACUUGGUGUUUAAGUCUAAAAUCUGCUCAUUCAGCUGUUCACUUCAAAACUACUUUUGUAAUGUUAUACAUGGGAAACUUCAAUACAAUGUUAAGAGACUGUGUCGUUUCACACAGAUACUGUUACCCCAGUGUGCACAUAUAACCCAUAAAAGUCAAGAAGGUUUAUAUAUUGGGCAUACUUCAUACACCUCACCCACUCCUGCUGUCCAUGAUUUUUAUUCAUGAAUGAAAUAUUCAAAUGUAAUAAAUUUUCACUUUUUACCCGUAGGCCAAACUUUGCUCAUCUGCUUUUCCAUUUUAUGUUUCUUUUUCUUUGCAAUGGAUCUUUAUUUUGCACGUCUGCUCGAUUUCUGCUUCACGUAAGAAUGUAUUGAAUUCUAAAUGUAAGACUUGAACAAGUUUAAACUCUCUUAAUUGUUCCAGCAAAUGCUCUAAAGCUACUCUAAAUCAAGCACAUGAUUUGUCAUUGCAUACACUAAUAGACUGAAAUAAAUUUCCUCAAAUUCC